AUGGAUCACGAGCCAACCAUCAACAUUGAUACUGAUGAAGUUUUAAAUCUCGAACAUCAAUAUUAUCAAAAGGGAUUCGAAGAAGGUCAGAAUCAUUCCACUAAACAACAAUAUCUUGAAGGUAAAGAAUAUGGUUAUCAAACUGGAUUUCAACGAUUUAUAAUCGUAGGAUACAUCCAGGGUUUAGUUGAGGAUUGGAAACUUCACAUCGAUCAAUAUGGAAACAUACGAAAUCAUUUAGAUCAAUUGGAGAAGCUUAUUGUUGAUAUACCGCUUACAAAUGAAGAUGAGAAUGUUGCAGAAUUUGAAGUUAAAUUAAAUAAAGCUCGGAAUAAAUUAAGAGUCAUUAUAACGAUAGUUAAGGAAUCAUGGAAGAUUGAUAAAUUAGAUGAAGUGGUUAAAGAGUUAGGUGGGGAAUUACAAGUUAGUGAAAAUAUUGAAGAAAUGUGGUAA